UGGCAGGGGACAAAGGAGUCGGAGCAAAGUGGACUACCAAGGAACCAGAGACGGGAUGGACAACGCCACCUACAGCUACCCAUCGGACUGCACUCCGCUGACCAGCUGCAAGUCUGCCCGGAAGCCCGCUGGCUCCACUGUGAUCAACAUGGGCCAUGCGAGCAAGCCACCCAAUGACUACCUGGUCUGGUCUCUGUGCAACACCCUGUACGUCAACUUCUGUUGCCUGGGGUUCCUGGCGCUAAUCUACUCAGUCAAGGCAAGGGACCAGAAGACCCUGGGGGACCUAAGAGCAGCCCAGGAGUGCUCGGACAAGGCCAAGUGGUACAACAUCCUGGCGUCAGGCUGGAACCUGCUCGUGCCCCUGCUGGCAGUGGUGCUGUUGGUCCUACUGCUUGUCCACCUGGGCAGCACUGAGGGCUCCUUCGACUUCUUUGGUGAAGACGGCUACCAGAGCUUCAUGAAGCUCUUCAGUAGGUAG